AUGGCCACCUCCGACUUAGAAUCCAAAAUCCGCCAAGCAGCCGUCAGAAACCGCCAGCUCCUUGCCAUCCUCGCAGACACAGACAACGCCAUCCCCGACCUACGCCAGCAACGCCGUCUCAUCACAGACCUAGACCACCAGCUCAAAGAAUCAGACAAGAACAUCCGCGCCCUCGACACCCGUCGCAAAAAGGAACUCAAAGACCAUGAAAAGUUCCGCGACAGUGUCAUGCGCCGCUUCGUGCACAAGGCUGUCGGCAAGCGCGACAAAUUCGACGAGCGCGCCGCCCGCGAGGAGCGCGAAUACUUUGACGUCCUCCAGGACGAACACCGCGAAAAGGAGCUCAAUAAGAACGUGAAGGAGCAGUUGAGCGACGCGCGUGAAGCGAGCAAGGCGCUUGAGGUGGAAGCCAGGCGGCAUGAUGAGGCGCAGUGCGAACUGGAUAGCCUCUAUGAUUCGAUCUUUGCGGGCCCGACGCCGAGUUAUCCCGAGGAGGACACCCUCGAGCAGUCGGCGGAGCAGGCGCUGCAUGAAUACCACGACACCCGUUCAAAAGUCGAAGCUGAACAGCAUGCGAUACGCCUUCUUACGGAUGCGAUGAAGCGGAUGGGCGACUCGCUGCGGCACAUGGACGACGCCUUAAGCCACUCGCGCAUGGAUAUGUUUGGCGGCGGGACGAUGACGGACAUGAUGGAGCGGAGUGCGCUGCAGCGCGCCGAGAGCGCGGCGCAGGAAGCGAGAAUGUUGGUGAUGCAGGCGCAAAGGAUGACGCCGUAUAUCGGAGACCUGCCGCCGAUUAACAUCAACCACGGGAACCUCAUGGGAGACGUGCUGUUUGACAACAUAUUCUCCGACAUGGCGUUCCAUGAUGAGAUCAAGAAGUCAAGAAUGUCGAUUGAGAAGUGUGCCCAGGUUUUGAGUCGGUACCUCCACGAGACCAGGGACCGACACAUGUAUCUCUCGCGGGAGCAAAAGGUUCGCGGUGAGAGGUUGGAGAGCACGCGCACGGCGCUGCAGAAGGAGCGGGAGAGGCUGUUCGAACAGAUUGCUGGGGGAAGUAGUGAUAUGAAGUUUGCGUCUGCUUCUUCGAGUGCUAUGCCGGUUGGAUUGAAUCAUUGA